CAGGAGCGAUGUUAUCGAUGUUACCGAUCCUUCGUUAUUUCUUCUUUAUUUUAGGAGAUAGGAGAAGAUAAGUUGCGGGUAUCCUGUGCUUUCAGAAGUUCACGUGACCUUCACAAGCGAAAAAGACAAGAUGGCGAAUGGUUCUGCCGUGGGGGCGGCCGCCAUUCCGGUGGUCGUUGUGACAGUUUUCUGGGUAAUUGUUGGAGCGGUUGUACCAUGUUUUAUUAGGGGAAAUAAUAAGAGACUUAUACAGACAAUGCUGGUGUUGACAGCCAUUUGUUGUUGGCUUUUCUGGCUGUGUGCCUACCUUAGUCAAUUGAACCCACUGAUAGGACCUAUGAUGCCGGCAGAGACCCUCCAUGACAUCAUGAAAGAAUGGGGAGGGAGAAAAGAAUGAAUAGCAACAAAAUAUUGAAUUGUCCAUAUGGGUUCAUUGUCAGGGAAGCAGCAUGUUUGCAA